AUGAGCUUGAAAGAAGUAUUCGAACAACAUCCAUGGAGGUCAUUUAAGAAGUUCAAUGAAGCAGCAAAAAGUUGGGGAUUUACUAACAGAGCUGAAGUGAAAAGGUUCUUUGACAAAAAUGUUGUACAUCAAACAAAAAUAAACCCUUACGACUACUUUUUACCAAUUUACUCCAACACUCCUGACGCAUACCAAUUUGACACUCUCAUUCAAAGCAGAAAAGGAGGAUAUAAACCAUUCCUCAUCUUCAUUAAUGUUAACACUCGCAAAGCAUAUGCAUAUCCAAUGAAAAAUAAAGGAACUCGUGAAGUGUUAAGAGUUUUACAAAAGUUUGUAGCAGAACAUAGCCCAAGUACUUUAACAUCAGACCAAGACAGUGCAUACCUCAGCAAUGAAAUCACAGAUUUUCUCAUUAAGCAUAACAUAACUCACUACACUACUGAAGACCAUAACCAUAACAUACUCGGCAUCAUAAACCGCUUCAUAAGGACUCUCAGAGAUUUAAAUCAAGAGCGAGACUUUACCGAAGAAACAAUGAAACAUUUUCUCGAAGUAUAUAAUUCCUCAACACAUUCUACAACAGGACAUACACCAAAUUCAAUGACACAACAACAACAAGAAGAAAAGUAUAUACAAAAGAAACGAAGUCAAACACAAAAUAUCAGAAAUUCAACACAAUUUACCCUCAUUCCUGGUACAAAAGUUCGUGUAGUUCUUGACGACAAACCGUUGACAAAGAAACGUUUAAGGUUAAGUCGAAAUUAUUAUAUCGUAGACUCUACGCAAGGUAAUGGAUAUCUUAUAAAAGCUGCCGACGACUCCAUUGCAUUUUAUCCUCGACAUAAAUUAGUUGAAAGUAGUAAUGGCAAACUUGCUGAAACCAUUGACGAAGCAAAGCGAGGAGUGGUUAUUGAAAUACUUGGCUACAACAUAAACGAUGACACUUAUAAAGUAAGAUAUGAAGGAGGCGUUGAAGAUGUUAUACCAUCUAAGAACUUGAGAGAGUCGAAGCCAACACAUCUGGGACCAUUAGAGUGGGAGUACUGGAAGGAUAAAAAUAUGCCAGAAAGAAUAAGAAAAUUCUUCUAA